AUGGAGGACGUGUUCGAGCCUAUCGCCAAUCCUUCCGGCUUUGUGGACCUCGCCAUGCUUGAUUCCAGGCUAUUGGACGGCUACGACACCUCCGGCACAGGGUUGGAGCGCAAAACACCCACGUCGGGGAUAGAACUACGACAGUGCGCGGCGCAGAUGCUGGUCGACGGAGGACACGGGGCGCCGUGGGUCCCACCGUCCCCAGGCGUGCAGGGCUGGCUAUCGCCUGAAUGGGUCACCAUCCUCGGAGCUAAGAGCGAGGCGGAAGCCGUGGAGUCCGUCGUGGCCGGCGCGCUCGCGGCCACUACGAUGAAGACUGGCGUGCUCGUGGUCGCACCCUAUAGACCCGCGUGGCCCUCGCCUAGUGGGCGCCUGUCACACCUAGCAGCGAGUGAUGGGUCUGUGACUGCGGCUAAUGUGCUCUACGUCGAUCCGAGUGCACAUGGAGAUGAUAUCAACGCCGCGCUCGAUACUGGCGCGGAGACGCUGAGAAGUUCGAGUGGCGCCGAGGUCGGAGCUGUCGUUCUAGGGAACCCGUCGCCUGCCACAGGUGUAGUGGCGUCAACUGGCGCCAUCCUCGAGGUCAUGCGCUGGUGCCAAUCGCAAGACGAUGUGCAUGUUAUCGCUGAUGAGACUGGAGCCUGCGGCGUUUAUGUAUCACGAGGGUCGAUAUCGUCCUCAGCCGUCGCCGGCGUCGCGGCGGCGGUCGCGGCAGGUAUAGGACCGACGGCACUCACGACGAACCCCAACGCCAAGGUGACUGACGAUGAGGAUGAUGAACCGGCGUGGGGAAGAAAAGCGGGUUUCAUUUCCUCUUCUUCCCUUUGGCGCAAGGCCAACACAUGUACACACGUUGUCACUUCAUUCGGUCCCGCAGCCGGCAUCAGCCGCGGUAAGACCACGUGCCUCCUUGUCACGAGAGACGACCGUGUGAGGUCUGGUGCAGGCUCAGAUCCAUUUGCAAACGGUCUCCAGGCUCUGAUGGGGGAUGGAGGUACGGCCGCCCGCGAGGCCAUUUCGUAUCAUAAUAUGCUGCUGCGACGGAGGCAGAUGAAAGUCAGGACGGCGCUCGAUGCGCUCGGCGUGGCGACGGGUCCGGCUGCCGCGGUGCCGACAACGCGGGCUGACGGCGGCGGUUAUGUCUGGAUCGACCUCAGCGAAUUUUGCGGGGGAAGCUUUGAAAAGGAAACGAGGUUAUGGGAGGAGCUCGCCAUGACAUACAGAGUCCUGAUCGUCCCGGGUGGCUUGUGCGGAGCUGCACGACCGGGGUAUUUCAGAGCCGCAGACUAG